AUGCCUCCCAAAAAUCGCAACAAUCGCAACUCGCACCCGCGACCUACGGCGCACCACCACCACGUCCCCUCAGACUACGACACCGACACAGCAUAUGCAACCGACGCCAUGACUUCCCUGGCUCAACCAGCUCCCAUUCCAGCGCGCACAAAUGAAGAGCUGAAUCUUAGUGUACUGCAACGACACGAUCCCUCGGUGCACCAGAUCCUCUCAGUCGCUCCAUUCGCUGUCGUCUACACUUUCAAUCCAGCCUCGUCGAGUUGGGAGAAACAAGGAACUGAGGGCACACUGUUCGUCUGCUCGCUUCUGCCACUGGUAGGAGGUCCGCAGAUUGAACGAUACAGCUGCAUCGUCUUGAAUCGUCGCGGCCUUGAGAAUUUCUCUAGUGAAUUGUUCUCUGCCGAAUCGGUCCAGGUGACGGACGAUUAUGUUAUCCUGCAGGUUGAAGGAGAGGACGGAAGUACAAACAUCUACGGCCUAUGGAUCUUUGCAGAAGAAGGGGGAAGCACGGUACAGACGAGAGUGGUCAAUGCCUUGAUCAUCCAGGAAUGCGCAAAGAGGGCCGAGGACAGCAGAGACGCCGCUGCUGUCACCGAUGUGGAAGAAGAGUAUGUCGAGGAAGAACUGCCACCAUCGCAUCAAGAACAACAACCACAACACCAACCACCGCCCACGAUACACCACGAGCAAACCCCGGAGCCGCAAAGACACGACUACAACCAGCAAUUACCAAACCAACAAGUCAACCUUCUUCAUUUCUUCAAGAACGGCCAACAACAGCAACAACGACCUGCUCUCGCAUCGCCUUUUCAAUCCUACGAUCAGCAGCAGUACUACAACAUGCAACAGCAACAGCAGCUCGAGCAACUGCGCCUCGAUCAACAACGGCAGCAGCAACAGCAGCAGCAGCUCGAGGCCAUGCAGCAACAACAAAUGAACCACAUGAAUGCUCAGCAAUGGCAAAUGGCUCAACAUCAACAACAAUAUGGUGCGCAUGCCCCCACGCCUCCUGGAUUUGCGCCUCCCCAGAAACACUUUCAGCAACAACAGCCCCCUCAGGCUCAUCCUCAGCCACAACCUCAGGCGCAGGCUGAUGUGCUGAUGAAUUUGUUCAACAACGCUAGGCGUGGGUACUAA